UGCUGUGCCAUUGGACGUCGUUAACAGCGUCGACGUCGGUAGGUAACUUAUAUUCCGCAGCCGGGAUCGCCUGCGUCGUUGGCCUCAACCAUCAAUUGCGACGUGUUUUGACAUCGCUAGCUCCUAUUAGACUAUGGCACCCAACUUUUUUGCAAAGCUUGUCAAGCCUAGUACGCAAAGUUCAUCUCCGAGCGGAAGAGAGAACACGACCGCUUCACCGCGCCAAUCCAAUAUUCCAUCGCGCCCGCAUUCUCAGUUAAUAUCACACCCUCCUUCAUCACUCCCCGACUCAGCCAAUGACAAUUCUAGUACAAAAGGGAGUGUCAAAAUUGGUAUAAUUCCACCUUCCCCUCGUUCAGCCCGUCUUACUUUUCCUUAUCUUCCUUCGCAAGACCACCCUCCUGAUACAUCUCAACAUCGACGUGCACGCUCGCAGGACAGGAUGGUUCCAGACAGACAUGCUGUAUCGUUCGCUGCUCGUCCCAUGGCAAGCGACUCUUCUUUGUCCACAGAUGACAUGCUUCCCACUCCAACCCCCUCUCGUUCUCGUCCUGAAGAAUGGAAAACAAGUGCUGACAGCUCACCCAAAUCCUCUCGCCAGCUCACACCUGCGUCAUCCACUGGGAACCUGAAAGCCUUUGUAGACAAGCGUAGCACCACUCACCCUUCAAACAUUCACAAGGUGGUCGAUAGAAUCCCCUCAAAGAAGUCACUACGCAGUAGAACACAGCCCCCAGCUCCACUCGAUUUCGAUCAAAGUAAUACUCGUUCCGAUAGGCACCGCCGAAAUAGUCGCCACGAACACAAUGCCGGCAUAAUUGAAAAUGGCCUCGUGGACUCACCCAAAAGCUCCCAUCAUCAACAGGAGCUUUUACCUGUCCUCACCGACGCAGACGCAAGAUCCAUCCGCUCCGUAAACAGCUCAACCUCGAAGACAACAGGUUGGCGUCGUCCUUCACUCACUACUCCCACUCGCAAACAACCCGGCGUUGCUUCUUCUAUGGCCGCUUCCAUGACAAAUACUGGCUCCCAAAUGUCCCCUGUUAUUCCAGUUUCCAAUUCGGCAUCAAAAAAAGUUACCAAUGGAACAGUUAGGUCAAAUGCCUCUGCUCGUUCUGCAGUGGGGCAUACUGCUUCCGCUUCCGUGACGUCUGUACCUAAUUCUACCGAUGCCAACGCUCGCACAAGACGUGCCUUGUCUGGUCGAGAUGACUUUUCAGACGGUCAGCCAGACACGUUGACUUCUAGCGGAGAGAGCGAGGCGUCGGACGACGAACUUGAUAUUAAUGAAGACAUUCCCGUCACGGGUUUUGCCGUUGCAAGCAGCAAGCGUAAUGCAGACUUCCACGAGUUGUUCCCUAGUAUCCCCGAAGGCGAUUAUCUUAUUGAAGAUUACGGGUGCGCAUUACAGCGUGAGAUCCUAAUCCAAGGCCGGAUAUACAUUUCAGAGAACCACAUAUGUUUCCAUGCGAACAUUUUCGGGUGGAUCACUGACCUGUCAAUCCCAAUAUACGAAAUAACCGCUCUCGAGAAGAAGAUGACGGCAUUCGUCAUUCCCAACGCCAUUCAAAUAACUACCCGACAGGCAAAAUACACCUUCGCCUCAUUCCUCUCCCGCGAUACGACGUAUGACGUCAUUGCCAACAUCUGGCGACUUGCCCGUCCUGAUGAUACUCUAAGCCAAACCGGCUCGUCCGCCAAUAUCAUUACGCCCGCGAGCACUUCUGAUGUUUCAGGUCCCCUGAUCACGAACGGAGGCAAAGAAGCAGCUCCUGUGACUAGCAUUAACAAAGUCACGCACUGCGCAUGCUCGAAAAAUGGACAGCAUCUUAAUGAGAUCGCGCUGGAAACUGUGUUGCCUGGAACACCGGACAAGAUUUAUAACCUGAUGUUUGCGAGUGGGUUUAUCAAAGAUUUUAUGCGGGUGGAUCAGAAGCUCAUGGAUGUGCAGAUAUCAGAUUGGUCUCCCAUAGGCGACAACUCGAAGCUUUUGGCACGGAAUAUGUCGUAUAUCAAGCCUUUGAACAAUAGCGUAGGCCCGAAGCAAACAAAGUGCGAGAUCCACGAUGAAACCAUGACCUACGACUUUGAUGACCACGUCGUGAUGUUGACGACGACGAAGACGCCCGAUGUUCCUAGCGGAGGUGUGUUCUCCGUCAAGACGAAGACAUGCUUGAUGUGGGCAAGCGCUAUUUCCACACGGGUGGUCGUCACCACGCAGGUAGAUUGGACUGGGAGAAGUUUCAUCAAAGGUCUGAUCGAAAAAUCAGCAAUUGACGGUCAAAAAGUAUACCACUCCGACCUCGACAAAGCCAUGCGGAUGUACAUCCAAGAACACCAAUCUGAAUUCAUCCCAGCAGGCGUUGAUCCAACAGCCGUAGCACCCGUCGAGCCUAUCAGCCCUGUCAUCGAACACAACGACCUCAAUCUCUUAAGUCGCUCCAUGGGCAUAUCAGACGCAGAAGCCCGUAAAGCGCGUGAACACGAACGUAACAGACGUGGGCUCCAAUGGGCGUAUGAGACGUUUGACGGUGCCUAUGGCGUUGCGAAGCGCUCUACGUUUGGAGCGCUGGAACUUGUCAAGGAAGCUUGGGAACAGAGCUCGUCGAUGACGAUUUUAUAUUUCGUCAUCGUCAUUCUUGUGUUCAGUAACCUGUGGACGUUGAUGCUUGUGGGGCAAAGGGAGGAGGCAGGGAGGAGGAAGGAGGCGAAGAGGACUGAGGAGAGGGAGAAGUGGGUGCAGGAUGUUGUCACUGGGCUUUGGGAGGAGAUGGCUGUUGGGAGGGCGAGGGGUGGUAUCGGGUCUUCUGGAAUUUUUGGAGUUGGUGGUGGUGGUGGUGGGUCGGUGCAUUCGGGUCAUGUGAAUGGUGAUUUGAGGUUGGAGUUGGAUGCUAUCAAUAUGACGUUGAAUGAUGUCGAGGAACGGGUAAGACUCUUACGGGAGAGUCUGGAUGCCCUAAAUUGACUUAUUGGAGGACUAUACUCCUAUGCCGCACAUACUACACUUAUUAUUAUCUUAGGCACUGGCUAAAUUUUGAAUCGCUAACCGUGGUCAAUGUCCAUUGACUCACAGAGUUCAUUGAUCGACUUGUCUCUUGAGGACGGCGCGGGCCACAGCACCACAUUGAAACUUGCCGCCGAAAAACAUUUUUCACUUUGGCAGCUCUGGCCUUAUAUAAGCAAAC